AUGUUGAAGACAGUUUUCAUUAUCGCAAUAGUUGCAAUGCUGGUUGGUGAGUCAGUUCAACAAAUGGCCAAUGGUCCAGGAGGUAUGGGUGAAAAUUUAGGAGGUGGCUUCGGUUUUGGAAUGAAUGCAGGCGCAGGCGCACAAGGGGGUGGACAGGGCGGCGGACAAGGUGGUGGACAGGGCGGCGGACAAGGUGGUGGACCACCAGGCCAGGGAUUCGGCAAAUAA